GUCCGAGACCAAAUAAAGGGCAGAUGUUGAGACUGAAGCAUACAGUAUUUCAUUUUUUUAUACACUAAGAACGAAGAAAGAAGAAGAUGGCUGCUGAGCGCGUGAUCUGGUCUGUGGAGGACGUGAAGACGCUCCUCACCAUCUGGGCUGAAGACUCAGUCCAGAGGAAAAUCGAUGGGGUGUGCAGAAACGAAGACGUGAUGAAGUUCAUUUCUUCAGAGAUGGCCAAGGUCGGUGUGUUCCGAACAACACGACAAGUCCGUGAGAAGCUAAAGAAACUGCGGGCGUCCUACAAAGCGGCCAAAAUACACAACGGUCGCAGUGGUGUGGCGCCAAAGAAGUUCCCUUUUUAUGACUUGAUGGACAGCGUGUUGGGUCACCGGCCUAGUCAAUCCACGGGACGGAACACAGCAGAACUGCAGCCUGCAGAAAAUGAGCGUCCCAUUCCAACACCGGAGCCCAACUCCCGGUUGUGUGAGACGCCUGAGAUGGAGGACAGCGUUGUCGAGUCGGACGCUGAAACGUCGGUCAUGGGUGAUGCAGAGGGAGAGGGAGAGGGACCACCUGCACGAGAGGUCCGGCAACAACCGUCCCAUCACAUCCCCCCGAGAACCAGAGCAGAGCCCAAGAGACGGACUUAUCAGCAGGACCUGCUGGCUAGUCUCGAGAGGGUAGCUCGAGAAGACCGGGAGUGUGAGGUGAAGCUGCGGGAAAUGGAGAUGAAGAGCGAGCAGGAAAUGCGAGAGAGAGAGAUGGAAAAAACAGAGCAACUAGGGCAGGAACUCGCCCUCCAGAUGCAACUUGCGAGGGAAGCGUGGGCAGAGCAGAUGAGAAGAGAGGACAGCAGGGGCAAGGAGAUGCUGAGUCUGCUAGCCGCCAUGAUCAACAAGAAGUAGACACUGCACAACACUGCGCAAGAGUAGAAGUCUAUUUUUUGGCCUACUCAUUUUUUAUUUUAUUUGAAAAGCUCUUUUUCAAAUCCACCAUUUUUGACUUUUUGUAUUUUUUAUAGGAUAUUGGAUUUGAAUGUUUUUUGCCUUUAUUUAUUUGUUAUUGUUAUUGUUAUUUCCAUCCAUUUGACAUUA